AUGUGCAGAGAGCAGGGAGAGCCGGUUAGGGUUACACACAGUGCUCGGGGAUUCUGGCUGGCAGUCACACGCUCGGGGUCCUUGUUACGUUAUAACAGGGUUCUCUCCAUCCUGCAGGCAAAAUGGUCAUCAAGGUCUUUGUCGCCACCGUGGCAGGAUCCACUGCGAUAAAAAAGAAACAGCAAGAGGUGCUCGGUUUUUUGGAGGCAAACAGGAUUGACUUUGAACAAAGAGAUAUCGCAUGUAAUGACGACAACAGAAAGUGGAUGAGAGACAAUGUGCCUGGUGAAAAAAAGCCAGAAAACGGAAUCCCUCUCCCUCCCCAGAUCUUCAAUGAGGAGCAGUACUGUGGGGACUUUGAAUCUUUUUUUGAUGCCAAAGAAGGGAAUGAAAUCUAUGUAUUUUUUGGUUUGGCUCCACCUAAAUCUGCAAAGAGCAUUGAAAUUUCUGCUGAAGAGACAGAAAAGCCUGCUGAAAACCAAGAAGUGAUAACCAACGCAGAAGAGGAGAAGCAGGUGGAAGCUGAAGAAGAGGCAGCAACAGCAGAGGAGGAGGGAGGAGAGGCCGAUGAGGAACAAGUAGAGGAAGAAGAAGGAGAAGAAGAAGGGGAAGAAGAAUCAUAGACCUCAGCACUGUCAUCAUAUUAGUAGCCAGACUGUUUAACCAAUCAGCAUUCUGUCACUCCACCUUGAUUUGUUCCCAUGAAGUCUACUUGUGAAAUCUGCAAGCUGGCGCUCUACAAAGAGACAAAGAAGUUCUCAGAGAGACCUCCUAUUUUGGCACCUUAUGCUCAUUUUCACUCGCAAAUCACUGAAUGUGUUAGACUUUGCACUGGAUAUCCUCAGGAUUUAUUGCCAACAGGAUAUCAUGAUCACAGUUUGUAAUAAAGUUGGAAAUAAACCUUGUAUAUUUUUCAUGGAG